AAAUAAUUGAACCAAUUAAAAUGUCAAUCUAUUACUUUUUGUAAUAUUACCACUCUAACCUUCUUGAAUGGCACUAUUAUAGAUUCACUUAGGAUAAAUUUAAUAAUUCAUUCUUUACCAAUAUAAUAAAAAUAAAAAUAAAAAUAAAUAAAUAAAUCAUGGACAAGUUAAUUCCAAGGUACAUUUAUUGUGGGAGGGAGGGACUAUAUCUUGUAACGUGUCAUACAUUGGUCUUAGUGUGUGUGUGUGUGUGUGUGUGUGGGAGAGAGAGAGAGAGAGAGGAGGAGGACGAGGAGGAGGAUGGUGAAUUGUAUGACAUAGAUUCUGAGCUAAGAAAGACAAUAAGAAAACACUUGGUCUCCUGUUCUGGCAUUUCAAUUUUCUUCAAUAUUCUAUACAUAAAGGUUCAUCUUUUUCCCAUUCCCCUUUUUGAAAUCCGGUGACCGUUCCAUGUCUUUCCUUCUCCAGCUAUUAUAGUCUCUCUCUCUCUCGCUCUCUCUCUCUCUCUCUCUCUCUCUCUCUCUCUCUCUCUCAUACAUGAUACAUGUAUAUAUAUAAUACUCCUAUAUAAUCAUCAGCAAGUGACAAUAAAGAGAAACCAAACCCAAUUAGCCUCACAACACAGAAAACAUGGGAAGAGCUCCUUGCUGUGACAAAGCCAAUGUCAAGAGAGGCCCAUGGUCACCAGAGGAAGAUGCCAAACUCAAGACUUACAUCGAACAGCACGGCACUGGUGGCAACUGGAUAGCCUUACCACAGAAAAUAGGCCUCAAGAGAUGCGGGAAGAGUUGUCGCCUUAGAUGGUUGAAUUAUCUUCGUCCAAACAUCAAGCAUGGAGGGUUCUCAGAGGAAGAAGAUAACAUAAUUUGCAACUUAUAUAUAAGUAUUGGAAGCAGGUGGUCUAUUAUCGCGGCGCAAUUACCAGGAAGAACUGAUAAUGAUAUCAAGAAUUAUUGGAACACAAGGCUGAAGAAAAAGCUUCUAGGCAAACAAAGAAAGGAACAACAGGCUAGGAGAUCAAGUUGCUUCAAGCAAGAGAUGAAGAGAGAGAGUGACACUUUCAUGGCUUCUGAGGCCAUGAAUCAAGUCCUUUUUUGGCCACAGCUACCUCAUGUUGCCAUACCAAUAGCUAAUCAACACCAAAUAGAUCAGCCUCAUCCUAGUCAUGACCAAGCAUCUAUUAAGAAAUUAUUUGGCAGAAGAUUUUCCGAUGAUCAACACCACAACAACAACAACAUCGCCAAUUUUCAAUCUUCUUUUGAUGUUUCUUCCACCCAAGAACAACUAUAUGAGAAUUCAAUCAAUAUGCUUGCACCCUUUAUGUCCAUGAAUUCCAUGGAAAGUACUCCUACUUGUUCCCAACUGCCAAACACUCCCUAUGUCAUUGAUGGGGCUGGUCCAAGCAUGUUUCAAGGACUUAACAACUUCCCGAUUGAGCUAGAUGAAAAUAUAGCGUAUAGCAACGCGCAACCAUUAGACGUGUUGGAGAGCUUCUCUGGAGUGGACAUGACCAACAAUGGCAGCACCGGCACCAAUAGUACUGCAGAAAACACCAGUUGGGGAGAUAUAAGCUCUUUGGUGCAGUACCCUCCUAUGGUUUCCAAUUUCCAAGCUUGUCAACAAGGGAUGCUACAAGAUUGCGGAUUUGAAGAGUCAAGGUACUUUGGGUUGCAAUAACAUCUAUAUAUGUAGAUGGUGGUUCAAAAUUUGAUAUAAGCAAGAGUUUUUUAUUUUAUUUUUUAUUCAGUAGUACUGUUAUCUUAUAAACUAUAUAUUGAGUUUAAAGAUUUGUUUGUUAUGCACUAUAAUUCCAUUCUGCUUAGAGUUUCUCACGCGAUUAUAGAGAGUUUUUACUGGUUAGCUACGCGAGCUUUUG